UUCACCCCUCCCAGCCACCCCAGUUUCCGACACCACCCACAUCAUACUUGUCUUGUCUAUUCAUAUUCCGUGGUCGCGUGCACUUUGCGACUCUAUUCAUACCAGCCACAAUGUCUACAUCCUGGCUUCAGCGGAAGCGCAAAGCCGAGCUUCUCGAGCUUGCGCAGCAAGCAAAACUGCCCGACGCGGAGCGGUACCUGAAAGACGAUUUGGUCGAAGCUCUUCAGAACCAUCUGGAAGCCAACGAGACGUUAUACGGAAAGCAGAGCGCGUUCAGCGAAUUUUACGCGCGUCAUGUAUCUCCUAUCAAAAGAGAACGCCUUUCCAGCGCUGAAGUUCCCGUUGUAAAGACGCGCCGACGCCAGACUUUGAAGCGUGCCGACUCCGACGAGCCUGCGGCGGAGCAAUCCUUGAUAGCGCGUAGUACUCCGAAGGCUGUGUCUCACCUUGCUUCGCGCACUCCGAGGACCGUGUCUCAAAUAGCCGCGCAUACACCUCAAAUUGAUCUUCCAGCAUCGCCCGCACAAAUCACUGAACUUGCGGACCAGUCGUUUCAGGCUGCGAAGACUAAGGCAUCCGAAUUGUGGGAAAGGACACGCAUUGAAGAAGCCAUAGAGAUUGUGCGUGAGAAUGCCAGUUCCGUGGUCUUCAUUCAGUUGGCAGUUCUGGCGAUAGAAGCUCUUGGUAUGGAGUGGAAUACUCUCAAUACCACUCCAGUGGCAACGCCUGCCAUUGCGGCGCUCAACGUGCCAUCGAAAACGAUCGACGUACCGGAUUUGAGCCUUCUCUUGACCACUCAGUUCUGGGGUCCUGCGACGCUCUGGUCGUUAACGAGCUGGGUGCUUCCGCUACUCUUCUCGUACUUCUUCAACCUGACUCUGCGGUCCAACACGCGGCAGAAGUCUCCUAACAAGGAAUACAGAGUUGACCCGUUAUCAUUCAACAUUGCCAGAGCACUGCUGGCGUAUAAUGCCUACGGCCUCCCCGUGGUCGGCCCUCAGCCUGGAUCCAUCCAGGCUACAAAGCCCGGUUGGGGACCGUUUUCAGAGGCAACCGUGCAUACGGUGCGCGAUAAUGUGCCGGGUCGGUAUUAUGGGCUUCAAAUUGGUUCCAUCAUUGGCAUCUUAUACAGUCUCUAUGACGCUGCACUGAGAAAAUAAAACAACUACAGAUUCGGGGAUGUAGGACGCGGUAUGGAGCUCCUGUGUUGGGUAAUGGGGCUUGAAUUACUUCGGCGUUUCUGAUAUCUUAUUGUUUGGCGCUUCUUCUUGUAUUAGGGCCUCCUGGAAACUCCGUUUGGCGGGAGUGGGAGGCGUUAUUGGCGCUUCAGUCGUUGCAGCCUUUGACGCUGGCUUGUGGUUGGCGCCUGUGUUGGGAUACAGGACCUCUUUCCGGUUGGCAGUUGUUUCCUAGAUGGACGAUAUGGACAGUUUUUCCCUCUAAUGCUCGGUUGACUAGCGAAAUAAGGUAUUCGUAAGGGCAAACCCUUCUCCGAAAUAGGCAGAAAAAGUCAACGUGAGCCCG